GAGUCUUUGAAAAAAUUAAAAAAUGUCCAGAUGGUGCGUUGUGCAGUUCAGCAAUGGUGCAACAGAAACUGUGCCAAACACAUGGGUGGAAGGGGAUAAAGUCUUCUGGCCCCCAUACCCUCCUAAGGACUCUAUUAGGCUGAAUGCAGCCAUCCUGAACAGAGAACAGCCUGGACAGGGAUGGCACACAUAUCAACCUAUCCGGCUCCUCAUAACUCGUGAUAGCCAUGAUGAGGCAGUGAGGAGCCUGGACAGAUAUGUGAAUAAAGACUGUGACACCACUGACAUCCAGUCUGAGGAGGAGAGCCACCAUGGCCUAAAAAGAAAAAGAAGACCAAAUCCAUUGUAUCAUUCCGAUGAGGAGCCCCAGAAUGAGCGGAGAUUCGCCCAAGCCCCCAAAGUUUUACUUCCAGCAGCAAUCCAACUAGCCAGUCAGGACAGCCAACCACCACCACCUCCACGAAUACAUCAAACCCUCCAGUGCCCCAAUUCCCCCAUGUGUUCUUACCCCAAUGUCCCAGCAUUGUUCCCUGGAGAUGAAUUGGCGUUCUCCCCCAUGAAUUUACUCCAGAGGCCAUCUCCUGAAGAUGUGGCCAUGCAAAAACUUCUUACUGCAGUGACAGAGUUGUCCAAGGAGGUGAAGGACCUGCGAGAGGAGUUCAGGCAAUUCCGCCAGUCCUGCAAGUGUGGACAGUCGGAGUCUGUGGGACGGCCACUGGCGGAGCCCUUGGAGCUGCCCCUCCGCACUAUGGAGGCCCUGGACCGUAAGAGAUACUGCUAAACAGCACAAACCGCCAGGCAAUGACCGCUCGUCUCAUCACUAUUGGAGGUGAGGGUCCGCCGUAUGAUGGCACACCUGUUGUCAAAUGAACUGGCUUCUGGACUGAACUGGGC